AUGAGAACCCUUUUCUCGGCCUUGGCAGGAGCGAUCUGCGUUUUCCUUGUGUUCGGCRAUGUCAACCAAACCGAAGUAAAGAUUGGUGUCCUUCUCCCCAUGACUGGAUACUGGCCCAUUGGUAAAACCUCVGCAUCUGCUAUAACUAUAGCAGUAGAACGUAUCAACAGCGAUACCACCCUCUUACCUGGUCAUAACAUGACAUUCCUAUGGAACGAUAGCCAGUGCCUCGCUGCCGAAGGUCUCAAUCAAGCAGUCGAGUUCAAACUUGCCAACGUAGACGCCAUUAUUGGUGAUGGAUGUGAUAUUAUUUGUGAGCCAGCCAGUCUCCUUGCUGCAUCAUGGRACCUUCCCAUUGUAUCGUGGGGAUGCGAGUCGAGCGCUUUAUCUGAAAAGAGCGUUUAYCCAACGUUUGUUAGGACGGUCCAGUCAUUUUCGAAAAUGGGCGMCYUGUUYYURUCGAUYUUUSGUUAUUUCAAAUGGAACGACAUUGGCAUUAUAGCAUCGACGGAGAGUAUUUGGCARUUAGCAAUGACAAAUUUAAGAAARCAAUUYCUACUGAAUGAGAAACAAGAYAUCAACAUUCGAUUUCUUCAAACAUUGAACCCUGGCAGUCAGUUGGUCACCGAUCGUCAUGAGUAUCUUAGUUUGUUGGAAACAGCCAAAGAAAAUGCAAGAAUUUUGAUUAUGUUGUGCUAUGGUAGUGAUAUCCGAGCUCUUAUGCUACACGCUCUKGAUUUGGGCAUGUUAAAUGGAGAUUAUGCCUUUUUGACCGUCAAUCUUCUUCCAUCGGCCGCCAUUGGMAACAAUACAUGGAUGGGAAACGAUGGCCGAGAUGCGGAUGCAUCGCGCGCCUUCAGGGGGAUCUUAAGCAUUCAUGUCCGUGAACCAACUACAACGAAAUGGGAACAAUUCAAGAAAGAAGUUCGUCGAAGAAUGCAAGAUCCUCCAUUUUUCAUUACUCUUGCUGAAUCCGAAAAGGUUGAAGUUUAUGCCGGAGCCAUCUACGAUGCCAUCUAUUUGUACGCAAUCGCAUUAAACGAGACACUGACAGCUGGUGGCAAAAAGAAAGACGGCAAAUCAAUUGUAAGUCGAAUGAUGAACAGAGAAUUCGAGGGAGCUUCAGGCAAAGUAAAAAUUGAUUCUUCAGGAGAUAGAGAUCCUGAUUAUUCUCUGAAAUACUACGUUAACGGCAGCUUCCAAAAUAUUGCUGAUUACAACCAUACAACAGGAGGUUUUAACUUAAGAGAUGUUAUUGUGAUUUGGGCUGGAGGAAGGACAACACCACCAGCUGAUCACCCUCCUUGUGGAUGGGUUAAUGAACAUUGCGUUGAGCAACAGCAGGAAGCUUCAAGGUUGAUUAACGUUGCCAUUGGUAGUGCAACCGCUGGUGUCGUUUUCCUAGCUUUGAUCUUUAUUGUCAUCACCAGGUAUUUACUCUGA